GGUCGAAAGCUUUCCACGGUUCACCUGCGAGCGAAUGGAUAAUGUAACCGUUUCUCUCACUCACUUCCCUCAAUAAGUCUUCCGGAAUGAGCUUAGCUUCCCUUUCCUCGUCGCCGUGUUUCAGGUGCCGAGCUUACACAUUCUCUUUCUCUCCUUCGCCUCUCCGUUUAUAUUUCCCGCGCGGUGACAAAAAGCCUCGAGUUCGCUCCUUGCGAGCGGAAUCGGACGGCGCUAGAACCGGUAACACGCAGUCGUACGGCUCAGAAUUGCUUCGUGAGGAAGAGGAAAGCUCCGAAGAGUUUGUGGAUUGGGAAGAUAAAAUUCUUGAGGUUACUGUUCCUCUUGUUGGCUUCGUCAGGAUGAUUCUCCACUCCGGAAAAUAUGCAAAUCGAGAUAGACUAAGCCCAGAGCACGAGAGAACUGUUGUUGAGAUGCUGCUUCCUUAUCACCCUGAAGUUGACAAGAAAAUCGGAUGUGGAAUAGACUACAUCAUGGUUGGGCAUCAUCCAGAAUUUGAGAACUCUCGAUGUUUGUUUAUAGUUCAGAAAGAUGGACAAGUAGUUGACUUCUCGUAUUGGAAAUGCAUAAAAGGUUUGAUAAAGCAGAAGUAUCCUCUGUAUGCAGACAGUUUCAUCCUCCGACAUUUUCGUAAACGUAGGCAACUCAGAUGAAGAAAGGCUUAUUGUAGAUUCUCAAACUCAACAGCCCUCUGAGAUCCUCGUCUCCCAACUACAUCAUAUAAAGUUUUUCUCAAGUCAGAAGAUCCAUUCCCAUAUUUUUUUCUUCUUUUGAGUUGGAAUUAUGGAUGGAAUUUUUUAGAAGAUAUGGUUUUUGCAGGAGAUGAGCAAUUAGCCCAUCAGGAUUUAAAUGUUUUAUGUGUCUACAAACUUUGAAUGACGAUGAGAACUUUUACAAUGAACUUAUAUGUUCAAGAGGUCGAGAAAAAAAAUAACACUUUUGUGUAGGGUUUAAAUAUUCAGAUAAGAGUUUUGUUUUCAUCUCACU